AGGCGCGGCUGCGGCUGCAGGAACAUGCUGGAAGCCCGCGGCCCCGCGGUCGGGAGGUGCUGAAGGGACAGUUCCCGGACGGCGGGCGGGGCGGCCCGAUGGAGACCAUCUGGAUCUACCAGUUCCGCCUCAUCGUGAUCGGGGACUCCACUGUGGGCAAGUCGUGCCUUCUGCACCGCUUCACCCAGGGCCGCUUUCCCGGGCUGCGCGCCCCCGCCUGCGACCCCACCGUCGGCGUGGACUUCUUCUCCCGCCUGCUGGAGAUCGAGCCGGGCAAGAGGAUCAAGCUGCAGCUCUGGGACACGGCGGGACAGGAGCGGUUCAGAUCCAUCACUCGCUCUUACUACCGCAACUCAGUGGGUGGAUUUUUGGUCUUCGACAUCACCAACCGACGCUCUUUCGAACACGUGAAGGACUGGCUGGAGGAAGCCCGGAUGCACGUACAGCCCUUCCGGAUCGUGUUUCUGCUGGUGGGACACAAGUGUGACUUGGCAUCCCAGCGCCAGGUGACGAGGGAAGAAGCUGAGCAGUUGUCCGCAGACUGCGGGAUGAAGUACAUGGAGACCUCGGCCAAAGAUGCCACCAAUGUGGAGGAGUCCUUCACCGCCCUCACCAGGGACAUCUACGAGCUCGUGAAAAGGGGAGAGAUUUGCAUCCAGGAUGGCUGGGAAGGGGUGAAAAGUGGCUUUGUGCCAAAUACUGUGCAUUCUUCCGAGGAGGCUGUGAAGCCUCGAGCAGAGUGUCUCUGCUGACCGCUGCCCACUGCCCGCUGCCCUGGCUACCUCACAUAGGGUACCGGGGUGCAGGGCACCACCCUCAGGGCAGCGGGAAGCCUCGGAACAGGGAUCUGUCCCGAGGGAACAGGAGUCUGAUGGGGAUCUGAUCCAGGAUACUCUGCUUUCUUGUGGGUAAAUCGACGGGCUCUUUUGUCAAAUUCUCAGCAGACAAAUUCCCUGUGGAACGCUAUUAUCUGCACUGUUAGCCCCCGGUUCUUCUCACUUUAUUCCUAUCAGGUUUACCUUGAACCAAAUAUGUCAUUCUUAUGUAUGUAGAGCUGGAGUGAAAAGAUUCUGCUAGGAAUUAUAUUCUGUGAUAUAAAUAUAUGUAGACUAUAUGAAUUUGUUCAUUGCAGAUAAUGAACUAACUGUAAGGUCGAUUUUAAAAUGUACCGUUCAUUUACAAAGUAAAUCCAUUUAGAGAUAUCAGUGAGAGCUAUAAUAGUUGCUCCUAGGUCAAGGUACCAGGUUUUUAACUAUUGUCUGAAAUCUUUAUUCCCCAUCCUCCAUAAUUUUGCUUGAACAUGCGAAAAUAUGUUUUAUACUCACUUUCUCUGAUUUCUUGUUCAUAAAAGUUUUAUUUUGUAAAGAUACCUAGAAUCCAAACAAAAUAUUUUAUUGAAAAUGUUUAUAAAAAUUAAAAGGACCACUAUCAGAAAAUAAGUGUCCUUAUUUAUUUUUUAAUUAAUUAAUUUUUGUUUUUUGGGGCCACAUAACUGGUGAUCUCAGAGUUACUCCUUGCUCAGCACUCAGGGAUCACUCCUGGCAGUGCUCAGAGGACCAUAUGGGAUGCCAAGGAUAAAACCCGGGUCGGCCACAUGCAAGGCAGGUGCCCUACCUACUGUACUAUCACUGCAGCCCCAAGUGUCCUUAUUUAGACAAGAAGAAUUUAUUUAUACACUGCAUCUUCAAAGAAAGUAAUUGUGGGGCCGGAGAAAUAGUAUGCCCUGAGCACCACUGGAUGUGGUCCAAAAAAGCAAAAGGGAAAAAUAAAGUAAUUGUAGUGUACUUGGAACUACUGUCAAAAUAAUCAAUAUUGGCAAAUAUAGACUUAGUAAUAAUUUUGGCAGGUAAAUUUUCAUUUUUCCCAUUUCUAGUAGAAGAAAUAUAGGAGACUUUUCCUGAGUCAGAAAAACAGACUAGGAAAAGUGAUAUAUUUAGCACUCAAACGGAAUUUUAUAAUCUUAUUAGUAAAAUUACAGAUUUGGAUGAAGAGGUAUAGAUGCUUUCACAUUUCUGAAUUUUUGAUGCAUUGAUUACAUUCUCCUCCUGGAGGGGGAAUUUUUGCUGGAAUUUUGUUUUGGGACCACACUAGGCUACAACCAGCUUUGUUUGUGGCAGCUCCAUCUCCAGGUCCAUGUCACAGGUCACCGUUGCUAGUACCUGCGGACCAGGUGGUCCAAGAAUGGCCUGGCAGCCUGUCUGUUCAGCCCUUGAGUUUCUUCUCUGGGUCACACCAAUAGGGCUCUUUUUUUUUUUUUUUUUUGCUUCUUGGGUCACACCCAGCGAUGCUCACGGGUUACUCCUGGCUCUGUGCUCAGGAAUUACUCUUGGCAGUGCUUGGGGGACCAUAUGGGAUGCUGGGGAUUGAACCCAGGUUACCCGUGUGCAAGGCAAACGUCCUACCCACUGCACUAUCACUCCAGCCCCCACUUUGUUUUCUUUUUCCAUGUCAAAAGUUAAUUUUAUCUUUUUCAGAUAUUUUA